CCGCCCCUCUCGCCCAGAGCUGCCGCGCCAGCGCUGGGGACAGCAGAAGUGAGUACGCGAGCGGCGCAGCAAGAUCCCAGUUCGGACCCCGGACGGCGCGCGCCCCCGAAGCCCCGGAUCCCAGUCGGGCCCGCAGCUGACCGCCAGAUUACUGUGCAUCCCGAAUCACGACCACCUGCACCCUCCUGCCCCGGCCCGCCCCCCAAGUCCUCAGGCACCCAGCUCCCCGGCGCCCCGGAUCCUCCUGGACCGGUCCGUCCAGAUUCCCCCGGGACCGACCUGUCCGCAUCCCCAGGAUCGCCGGGCUCGGUGCACCGCCGCCUCGGUCCCGGAGCCGCCCGCCUGGAUUGCAUUCCCUCCUCGCCUGGAUCUCCUGGGACCGGACGCGAGCCUGCCCCAGAGCCCGCCGAGCGCACCCUCUCUCGGGUGCCUGCAGCCCCGCCGGCGCGGCCCGGCCCGGCGCGGCCCGGCUCGGCUCCUAGAGCUGCCCCGGCCAUGGCCAGAGCCCGCCCGCCGCCGCCGCCGUCGCCGCCGCCGGGGCUCCUGCCGCUGCUCCCUCCGCUGCUGCUGCUGCCGCUGCUGCUGCCCGCCGGCUGCCGGGCGCUGGAAGAGACCCUCAUGGACACAAAAUGGGUGACAUCUGAGUUGGCGUGGACAUCUCAUCCAGAAAGUGGGUGGGAAGAGGUGAGUGGCUACGAUGAAGCCAUGAAUCCCAUCCGCACAUACCAGGUGUGUAAUGUGCGCGAGUCAAGCCAGAACAACUGGCUUCGCACGGGGUUCAUCUGGCGGCGGGAUGUGCAGCGGGUCUAUGUGGAGCUCAAGUUCACUGUGCGUGACUGCAACAGCAUCCCCAACAUCCCUGGCUCCUGCAAGGAGACCUUCAACCUCUUCUACUACGAGGCUGACAGCGAUGUGGCCUCAGCCUCCUCCCCCUUCUGGAUGGAGAACCCCUACGUGAAAGUGGACACCAUCGCACCCGAUGAGAGCUUCUCGCGGCUGGAUGCCGGCCGUGUCAACACCAAGGUGCGCAGCUUUGGGCCACUUUCCAAGGCUGGCUUCUACCUGGCCUUCCAGGACCAGGGCGCCUGCAUGUCGCUCAUCUCCGUGCGCGCCUUCUACAAGAAGUGUGCAUCCACCACCGCAGGCUUCGCACUCUUCCCCGAGACCCUCACUGGGGCGGAGCCCACCUCACUGGUCAUUGCUCCUGGCACCUGCAUCCCUAACGCCGUGGAGGUGUCGGUGCCACUCAAGCUCUACUGCAACGGCGAUGGGGAGUGGAUGGUGCCUGUGGGUGCCUGCACCUGUGCCACCGGCCAUGAGCCAGCUGCCAAGGAGUCCCAGUGCCGCCCCUGUCCCCCUGGGAGCUACAAGGCGAAGCAGGGAGAGGGGCCCUGCCUCCCAUGUCCCCCCAACAGCCGUACCACCUCCCCAGCCGCCAGCAUCUGCACCUGCCACAAUAACUUCUACCGUGCAGACUCGGACUCUGCGGACAGUGCCUGCACCACUGUGCCAUCUCCACCCCGAGGUGUGAUCUCCAAUGUGAAUGAAACCUCACUGAUCCUCGAGUGGAGUGAGCCCCGGGACCUGGGUGGCCGGGAUGACCUCCUGUACAAUGUCAUCUGCAAGAAGUGCCAUGGGGCUGGAGGGGCCUCAGCCUGCUCACGCUGUGAUGACAACGUGGAGUUUGUGCCUCGGCAGCUGGGCCUGACGGAGCGCCGGGUCCACAUCAGCCAUCUGCUGGCCCACACGCGCUACACCUUUGAGGUGCAGGCGGUCAACGGUGUCUCGGGCAAGAGCCCUCUGCCGCCUCGUUAUGCGGCUGUGAAUAUCACCACAAACCAGGCUGCCCCGUCUGAAGUGCCCACACUACGCCUGCACAGCAGCUCAGGCAGCAGCCUCACCCUAUCCUGGGCACCCCCAGAGCGGCCCAACGGAGUCAUCCUGGACUACGAGAUGAAGUACUUUGAGAAGAGUGAGGGCAUCGCCUCCACAGUGACCAGCCAGAUGAACUCCGUGCAGCUGGACGGGCUUCGGCCUGAUGCCCGCUAUGUGGUCCAGGUCCGUGCCCGCACAGUAGCUGGCUAUGGGCAGUACAGCCGCCCUGCCGAGUUUGAGACCACAAGUGAGAGAGGCUCCGGGGCCCAGCAGCUCCAGGAGCAGCUUCCCCUCAUCGUGGGCUCCGCUACAGCUGGGCUUGUCUUCGUGGUGGCUGUCGUGGUCAUCGCUAUCGUCUGCCUCAGGAAGCAGCGACACGGCUCUGAUUCGGAGUACACGGAGAAGCUGCAGCAGUACAUUGCUCCUGGAAUGAAGGUUUAUAUUGACCCUUUUACCUACGAGGACCCUAAUGAGGCUGUUCGGGAGUUUGCCAAGGAGAUCGACGUGUCCUGCGUCAAGAUCGAGGAGGUGAUUGGAGCUGGGGAAUUUGGGGAAGUGUGCCGUGGUCGACUGAAACAGCCUGGCCGCCGAGAGGUGUUUGUGGCCAUCAAGACGCUGAAGGUGGGCUACACCGAGAGGCAGCGGCGGGACUUCCUAAGCGAGGCCUCCAUCAUGGGUCAGUUUGAUCACCCCAAUAUAAUCCGGCUCGAGGGCGUGGUCACCAAAAGUCGGCCAGUUAUGAUCCUCACUGAGUUCAUGGAAAACUGCGCCCUGGACUCCUUCCUCCGGCUCAACGAUGGGCAGUUCACUGUCAUCCAGCUGGUGGGCAUGUUGCGGGGCAUUGCUGCUGGCAUGAAGUACCUGUCCGAGAUGAACUAUGUGCACCGCGACCUGGCUGCUCGCAACAUCCUUGUCAACAGCAACCUGGUCUGCAAAGUCUCAGACUUUGGCCUCUCCCGCUUCCUGGAGGAUGACCCCUCCGAUCCUACCUACACCAGUUCCCUGGGCGGGAAGAUCCCCAUCCGCUGGACUGCCCCAGAGGCCAUAGCCUAUCGGAAGUUCACUUCUGCUAGUGAUGUCUGGAGCUACGGAAUUGUCAUGUGGGAGGUCAUGAGCUAUGGAGAGCGACCCUACUGGGACAUGAGCAACCAGGAUGUCAUCAAUGCCGUGGAGCAGGAUUACCGGCUGCCACCACCCAUGGACUGUCCCACAGCACUGCACCAGCUCAUGCUGGACUGCUGGGUGCGGGACCGGAACCUCAGGCCCAAAUUCUCCCAGAUUGUCAAUACCCUGGACAAGCUCAUCCGCAAUGCUGCCAGCCUCAAGGUCAUCGCCAGCGCUCAGUCUGGCAUGUCACAGCCCCUCCUGGACCGCACGGUCCCAGAUUACACAACCUUCACGACAGUUGGUGAUUGGCUGGAUGCCAUCAAGAUGGGACGGUACAAGGAGAGCUUCGUCAGUGCGGGGUUUGCAUCCUUUGACCUGGUGGCCCAGAUGACGGCAGAAGACCUGCUCCGUAUUGGGGUCACCCUGGCCGGCCACCAGAAGAAGAUCCUGAGCAGUAUCCAGGACAUGCGGCUGCAGAUGAACCAGACGCUGCCUGUGCAGGUCUGACACCGGCUCCCACGGGGACCCUGAGGACCGUGCAGGGAUGCCAAGCGGCCGGCUGGACUUUCGGACUCUUGGACUUUUGGAUGCCUGGCCUUAGGCUGUGGCCCAGAAGCUGGAAGUUUGGGAAAGGCCCAAGCUGGGACUUCUCCAGGCCUGUGUUCCCUCCCCAGGAAGUGUGCCCCAAACCUCUUCAUAUUGAAGAUGGAUUAGGAGAGGGGGUGAUGACCCCCUCCCCAAGCCCCUCAGGGCCCAGACCUUCCUGCUCUCCAGCAGGGGAUCCCCACAACCUCACACUUGUCUGUUCUUCAGUGCUGGAGGUCCUGGCAGGGUCAGGCUGGGGUAAGCCGGGGUUCCACAGGGCCCAGCCCUGGCAGGGGUCUGGCCCCCCAGGUAGGCGGAGAGCAGUCCCUCCCUCAGGAACUGGAGGAGGGGACUCCAGGAAUGGGGAAAUGUGACACCACCAUCCUGAAGCCAGCUUGCACCUCCAGUUUGCACAGGGAUUUGUUCUGGGGGCUGAGGGCCCUGUCCCCACCCCCGCCCUUGGUGCUGUCAUAAAAGGGCAGGCAGGGGCAGGCUGAGGAGUUGCCCUUUGCCCCCCCAGAGACUGACUCUCAGAGCCAGAGAUGGGAUGUGUGAGUGUGUGUGUGUGUGCGCGCGUGUGUGUGUGUGCACGCACUGGCCUGCACAGAGAGCAUGGGUGAGCGUGUAAAAGCUUGGCCCUGUGCCCUACAAUGGGGCCAGCUGGGCCGACAGCAGAAUAAAGGCAAUAAGAUGA